UCUCCUUCUUCUCUUCCCUUCUCUCGCUCACUAUAAAUAUAUAACUUCUUCGCUCAUUUCUUCCAUUUCCUUUCUUAUUCUCCGCCCAUCUCAGGCGGCUCCGCCUCUCUCACGGCCGUCCGUACAAGGCGAUCCGCCGCAUCAGUUCCAGACCGCCACUAGCACCGCCACCGCCAUCGCGAUCCGAUUUGUUCCUCUUGACCUAAUCCCAUCCCAUCUUUCAAUUAAAAUACUAUUAUCUUUUUUCUUUUUUCUUCCUUUUCUUCCAUUUUAAAACGCCUGUCUUCGAUUUUACGAUUUUGCCCCCGUUCGCUGGAGGCUAGACAGAUGAUAUUUUUGUUUGUGUGCGUGAAUUGUCUGUUUUAACCCCCUUGCGUCGAAGGACGGAAGUGAUUUGACGCUUUUACCCUCCCGAUGAUGUAGUCUUCGAUGUGACUAUUUUACCCCUCUCGAUUGCCACAACAACACACCACAUUCGUUUUUUUGGAGGGAUUCGUUUCUGACGUGGCAUGAUUUAAGGGCCACAGGAUGAAUUACAAUUCUCGUCGGAUGUUGACACCUGGAGCCUCAAGAAAGCGAAAAGAAAGAGAAGCUUUCUACUCCUUUAAACCGUCGGCUCCUCCUCUCCCCGUUUCGGCUUCGGCUCAAGCCGCCGCUAAGAAGCAGCAGCAGCAAUCGGUUUCUAAGCCAGAGGAGCCGGGCUCAUCGAACCGGCUCUUGGCCGGGUACAUGGCGUACGAGUUUCUGACGAACGGGACGCUGUUCGGGCAGAAGUUCGAUCCGGCUCGAGCCGAGGCGGUUCCUGUGGGCGCAGGCGAGUGGAAGAGUCAGAAGCCGGGAGCAGGAAAAGAGCCGAGUUUGAAGAAGGAGCACCAGAGUUACGCUGAGGUGGCGAGCAUUCUGAAGAGCGACGGGGCCCACAUUCCGGAGAUUGUCAACCCGACCCAACUGGCUCGGUGGAUUCAGAUGUGACAUUGCAGGGCUGUGAUUGUGUACGUAAGGACGUAGGGGAAACACUUUGAUCAGACUGUAGACGUGGCGUCGUCUUAUUGGUUGAUGGUCGUUUUCUUUUUUUAAAAAAAAAAACAAAUGUCCAGGUAGAACCUCUGUGGAGCUGGUGAGUUUCGACUCCGUUACUCAAAGAAAAAGAAAAUGUGAAAAUGAAUUAGAUGAUGAAAUCUCUUUCUCACUCUCUAACUCUGUUGGUAUGUUAUUUGUAUUACAAUUUUUGCUGUACUGUUCAACUUUUGGUGAAUUAAUGGAAAGUUUUGUGAGAGUGGAAGUGGAGAUAAUUGGCUCCAUUAUUAUUCUAA